AAUAAUAAUAUAUUAAAAUACAAUACACACAUAACUACUUAGCCCUAAAGUAAGCGUAAGGCUUGUUUUAUGGGUACUAGGAUGGAGGAUUUUAUCAUAAAAAAUAUAUUUAUAAGUACUUAUAUUGUGUAUAAAUGUAAAAAAGUGUUAAUUUUAAAAUACAUCUUUGAGUUUUUGUUAAAAACGAUCUGUUUAUGUACUCGUUUAUAACUUUGUGUUACCGUCUGGGUAAAUAAAAUAAAAAUACAAAUCAAAAUAUAUUUUAAAUUUUUAACUGCAUCAAGCAUAUUUGAUACUUAUACAAGAAAAAAUCUAGCAUAACAUGAAAUAAAAGUAGGUAGGUACAACUGAAUUACAAAAAUAAAAAUAAAGUAUAAUUUAUUAUAUUAUAUAGGUAUAUGUAUAUAUAAUUUAUAUAUUAUAAUUUUUGCCCUGUUGUAGCCCUGACACUUGCUCCAUUAUUUUGUGGCAGAGGAAACACAGGAUCCUUUCAGAAUGCAUAAAUCCGCUAUGUUCUCCAUUACAACACUAAAUAAUUUAUCAUCAACAGUUACAACACAAAACAUUAUUGUACAAAAUCACUAACGCGACUGUCAGCGUGACGGCCACCACGCUGCCUAACAAACAACUGAGCUGAAGUUGUCAAAUACCCUCUUAUUUAUACCAACACUGAUACCACACAAUAAAAUAAAUAAUGAAUGUUAAUACCACCCGUAAUCGAGUAACUUGUAACACUAGUCUAUAUUGCAAAGUGCGUAACAACAAAAUACAGAUAGGCACAGUAAGAAGACAGAAGUCUAUCUUUAGAGCGAUAAUCCCGUCUACGUUUCUGUCUUUAUCUCUGCGUGCGUGUGAGCACGCCCAAUCGCAGUACAAAAUAUUAAUUAUUCAGUUUCAGUUUAACUACAACCGUAAAAAUUGAAACUAUAAAUCUAACAGUCGUUUCCUAAUAUUAAUAUACCUAUAUAAUAAACUAAACCGGCCUAUUCGCUACAAACAAACAAACGCACAAAUCAUGCCUAUUCUUAUAAUUAGUAUAGACAGAAAUACUUGGAGGCAAUUGGAUCGGCUUUCAUUUUCACACAAGACGUACAUUUUAUUAUUUCGUGUAAUGAUAUUAAACUAAACUUUGUAAAGCAAGAUGACUUUAAAAGAGCAACUGUUGGUUUUAAAAGAUAUUAAGUUUAUUGCCGGCUCUUUAAUACUUGUACCUACAUAUCGAUAAAAUUAAAAAUAUUUAUCGGCUUGUAUCGAUUACAUUUGCGUAGGUAUGUUGCUAUUUAUCUAUUUAUAUAUUAAUUUACUCUUUGGACUAUUUACUAGUCCUCAUGAAUAUGCAACAAUGGUCUAAGCACAUAAAAUCUAAUUUUUGUCUCAGCAAAGAAAAAUGACAUUAAUCUCUGGUCGUAACCAUAGCAACAGAUAUACAAUACAAUCACUUGUUUUUGUUUUUCUGUUGAAGUUCAACGUUUGUUAAUUUAAUACCAUUUAAAUUAUUAAUUUACUCUUAUGAUAUAAAAUAUCAUGAGAUUUAGUUAAUUUAAGUAAUUAAGUAAGUAGGUCGGAUAUAAAAUAUAUGUAGGUAGAUAAAGUAAGAAUUACAAUUUGCGCAAUGAGUGAAUUUAUUUGCAACAAGUUUGCUGGAGUCCAUUGGCCCAAGUUACCCUUGGAGGACUUAUCUAUCAAGAUUAAGAUGAAAUCUAAAGAAAGUAUAUUAGCACUACCAACUUUUGAGGACUACCGAGAUAAAACGUGUGAAGAAAAUCUGCACAUAUUAGACAAUGUUACAACAGAAGAACAUAAUUUCCGCUGGCAAAAUAAAGUUUUCAGCAAAUGGGAAUGGCAUAGGUAUUCUGAUUUAUACAACUGCAAUUCAGAAAUAGAAUUAAAAUACCAUGAUAUGAUCAAAGGACUCGAUAAUUACGGACAUAAAAAAGUUUUUACUUAUAUCCACGAAGAUUACCAGUUACCUUUGCCUGUAGGAUGUAAAAAAAAAGUUGAACACUCUAUGGUCCGUCUAAGCGACUGCUUUAACCGUUUGAACUUGGAAGACGUUGGCAACAGUGAAGUAUCCAGUUCAAUGAAGCGUUUAUUCAGAAGUGAAGAUAACAUGUCUUUAGAUGAAGAUCGAUGGAUAUCUAUGCAUAUUGUGCUGGAUUGUUCGCAGUACAAUGAGGAUUCACAAAUUCUGUACAAAGAGGAACAUGUGCUAGUCUCACUAUUUCAUAAUGUAUCACAAAACUAUCUCAUAGUGACCCCAAACAUCAACAACAUAGAGUACAACGCGUACUCUGUAGAAAACCAGCCAGAGAUUGAGUAUGGAGUGGAGAUUGAUUUUAGAGAGGAGAUUGAGACAGAGUUAGUGGAGUUGUUAAAUAGUCUUCUAAAGAAAUGGGAGAAAGAGCAAAAGAAGCUGCUAUCGUUUGUGACGCCAUCUCUCGGACGGAAGAACGUAUUUGUGACAUUCGAGAUAGUUUCGGCGGUGGAUUUCGAUAUGGACAACUUGUACAUAGAGUUUCACAUAAAGAUUCCAGAUGAUCUGCAAUGUACAGGAGAUCUGCACGGUCGGACUCACACAAGCAAAUGUUUGACCACAGAUGACCACUACCAGUGGACAUACGGACACUGCCUGGAGUUACAGCUAGAGAGUGCCACUGGAACUGAUCCUGGUUCCCUAAAGAUCUUUCUAGAAGCAAUAUCGGUGGACUGGUGGGGCCGCCACCGCACCGAGGGCUACAGCUACCUCCCCCUCACCUUGGAGCCCGAAGAACACGAGCGGCGUCUGUCCUGCGUACGCCCGCAAGAAUUGGACGCAGUGAAGGCAAACAAUCGACGCUUCUUUGUGGGGGGAUGUCAUUUGAUCAAAGAUUUGGACGUGUUGGCCAAUCCUCAAUUGCACAACACCAACUUCUCAUAUACCUCAACUGGUUCCAUCACCGUCCGGUGGAGGACGAUCACUCAGUCGCAGGUAGGCGCCGCCCGCUCCGCCGCCCCCGCCCCGUCCGCCCCGGGGCGCGCCGCCGCCCUGCUGUCCGGGGCGGAGGCAGUGCUGCGUCAGUACAAGAAGGCCAAAGCGACUCUCACGGCCGCCACGAGGAGUGUAGAACAGUUGGAUGGCUCAGAUGGGUAGAUAAUGAGACAUUUUACGGCUUGUAUGUAUGAAUACGUCGGACCAGUUACUUAAUUACGAAUAUUUCUUAUUUUUAAAUUAAGUAAUCAAUAAAUACCUUAAUUAAU